CUUAGACAAACAUGUUAAACUAAUUUCAAUCAGUUUCGAUUUCAUCAACGAACGAACUCAAAUUCUGAACGCCAAGAAAACGUAGAAAAAAGAUUUAUUUUGUCUUUCUCAUGAAAUAAUAAAAUGGUUUUUCCGUUCAAAUUCAUGUUUAUAAUUUAUAUUUGCUUUCUGUCAUCUGUUGUUUCCCAAGUUCAAGACUUUGUGAGCAUUGACUGUGGAGGGACAAGUAACUACACUGACCCAAGCACUGGACUGGCAUGGAUUUCAGACGGGGGACUAAUGUCCCGGGGCAAAUCAGUCCAGGUCGAAAACCCUAAUGGAAACCAGCUGCAGUUUCAGAAACGCAGGGAUUUUCCCAUAGACAGCAAGAAGUACUGCUACACACUGAACACUGUGGAGAGGAGGAGGUAUUUAGUCCGGGCAACGUUUCAGUACGGCAGUCUCAAAAGUGAAGACACAUAUCCGAAAUUCGAGCUUUACUUGGAUGCCACGCAGUGGGCAACCGUGACUAUUUUUGAUGCUUCAAGAACUUAUGUGAAUGAAAUGAUCAUUAGGGCUUCGUCCAAGUCGGUUGAUGUGUGUAUAUGUUGUGCAACAACAGGGUUUCCGUUUAUAUCGACUUUGGAGCUGAGACCUUUCAAUCUUUCGAUGUACGCCACGGAUUUUGAGGAUAAGUUUUUCCUGAAAGUUGCAGCUAGGGUAAAUUUUGGUGCUUCAAGCAAAGAUGCCAUAAGGUACCCAGAUGAUCCAUAUGACAGAAUUUGGGAUUCUGAUCUUGUGAAAAGGCAGAACUAUCUAGUUGGAGUGGCACCAGGUACAGAAAGAAUCAGUACAUCAAGGGAUGUAGACACAAGGAGUAAAGAAUACCCGCCGGUGAAAGUAAUGCAGACCGCGGUUGUUGGUACGAAGGAAGUGUUGAGCUACAGAUUGAAUCUUGAUGGCUUCCCAGGAAUGGCUCGAGCUUAUGCUUACUUCGCGGAAAUUGAGGAUUUAGGAGCAAAUGAGAGUCGAAAGUUCAGGUUAGAGCAACCUAAUUUGGCUGAUUAUAACAGAGCAGUUGUAAAUAUUGCUGAGAACGCAAAUGGAGACUAUACUCUUUAUGAGCCGAGCUACAUGAAUGUGAGUCUGGAGUUUGUUCUGUCAUUUUCCUUUCGUGAGACCCCUGAUUCUACGCGAGGGCCACUUCUAAAUGCAAUGGAGAUAAGUAAAUAUGUUCAAAUUGCUGCGAAGACCGAUAGGCAAGAUUUGGCGGUUCUCAAUGUGCUUCGCUUCAUGUCUGCUGAAAGUCUGUCGGUAGAUGAAGGCGAUCCUUGUGUUCCAACUCCGUGGGAAUGGGUGAAUUGUAGCUCCACAGCACCUUUGAGAAUCACAAAAAUUGACCUGUCAGGAAAGAAUGUGAAGGGUGAAAUCCCCGUGGAGCUUAAAAACAUGCAGGAUUUGACAGAAUUGUGGUUGGAUGGUAACUACCUAACUGGACAAUUUCCUGACAUUAGUAAUCUUAUCUAUCUAAAGAUUCUUCAUCUGGAGAAUAACAAAUUCACUGGUGCACUACCUUCUUACCUGGCUAGCUUGCCAAGCUUACAAGAACUGUACAUACAGAACAACUCUUUCAGCGGGGAGAUUCCUGCAGGACUGUUAACUGGGAAAAUCAAAUUUAAAUAUGAAUAUAAUCUCGGACUACGUAAGGGGGAACGAAAACAGAAGCAUGUCAAGUUGAUAAUUGGAAUUUCUGUCGGAGUACUUGCAAUUGUAUCACUUUUAUUAUUGGGGACUCUAUUGAUAUUGCGUAAUCUUCGAAGAAAGUCAUCUCUUCAGAGAAGUAAUGGAAAAGGUGACUCUCUGCGUGCCAGCACCAAGCCUUCAACUCACUAUUCAAUUUCUCGGAAGGAUGAAGGCGUAGCUUGCUACAUUACACUUCCUGAUCUGGAAGAAGCGACUAAUAACUUCUCAAAAAAAAUUGGCAAAGGAAGCUUUGGAUCCGUAUAUUAUGGAAAGAUGAAAGAUGGAAAGGAGAUAGCGGUUAAAAUGAUGGCGGAUUCAUCUACCCACAUGAAUAAGCAAUUUGUAACUGAGGUAGCACUCUUGUCACGAAUUCAUCAUCGAAACUUGGUUCCUCUAAUUGGAUACUGUGAGGAAGAACAUCAAUGCAUUCUGGUUUACGAGUAUAUGCACAAUGGCACCUUACGCGAUCACAUACACGGUUCUACUCAGAAGCGCUUGGACUGGCAAAUGCGCCUUCGCAUUGCAGAAGAUGCAGCUAGAGGUCUCGAGUACUUGCACACUGGAUGCAACCCUAGUAUCAUCCACCGGGACGUGAAAACAAGCAACAUUCUCUUAGACAUAAACAUGAGAGCAAAAGUAUCAGAUUUUGGAUUGUCUAGGCAAGCGGAAGAGGAUUUAACGCACAUAUCUAGCGUGGCACGUGGAACAGUAGGCUACCUUGACCCCGAGUAUUAUGCUAGUCAGCAAUUAACUGAGAAAAGCGAUGUGUACAGUUUUGGGGUUGUUCUUUUGGAAUUGAUUUCAGGAAAAAAGGUUGUUUCAGAAGAAGACUUUGGUUCUGAGUUGAACAUUGUUCACUGGGCAAGAUCCUUGAUUCAUAAAGGGGAUGUGGAAAGCAUCAUGGAUCCUGUCCUAGUAGGAAGUGUGAAAAUUGAAUCGAUUUGGAGAAUUGCCGAAGUUGCAAUCCAGUGUGUUGAGCAACGUGGAGUUUCGAGGCCAAGAAUGCAGGAAAUAAUUGUGGCCGUUCAAGAUGCUAUGAAGAUUGAAAAGGGCAGUGAAUCCAACCGGAAAAUAUCACCCAGCAGUAGCACUUCAAAAGCACAAUCCUCCAGGAAAACUUUGCUAACAAGCUUUCUUGAAAUCGAGAGCCCUGACUUGUCCAAGGAUUGCCUAGUCCCAUCUGCCAGAUGAGCUGAUGAUGUGAAUCCUCUUCGUUUUGACAUUUCACCACUUUUAACACUAAGAUUACUUCUCACUCUCUUUUGAAAAUUUUACUUUUUUUGCUCUUACGCUACGUGUAUAUAUAUACUAUUCGACAUGUUAUGUUAACGUGCAUGUCGAAGACUGUUUGAUAUGUUAUGUUGCCGUACAUGUCGGUGAUGUUUAUGAAGUGGGUGGACGUCCCUCUGGUGUCAAAUUGCACACAAUGAAAAGUAUAUUAACCUGUCAACCUCAGCUAA